AUGGACCUUCAAGCUUACAGUGGUGCUCGUAUUUCCACUAUUAAGAAGAAACUGGAUCAAGCAUUAGCAACAACUACAACAGCUCAGCCUACAACCGAUGCUGAUCAGCUGUGUGUACAAAAACGUGGAACAGGAUCACAUUUGUGUAGGUACUUCUACAACCAAGAUUAUUCCUCCAUAUGUACAAAACUGUACUGUGCAAUACCAAAUACAAACACCUGUUAUGAAAAUAGGAUUCAGGACUACAUUCUCUGUGGAAAUAAAAAGUGGUGUAUAUCUGGUGUAUGUACGUCAGAUUCAAACGCCCCUGCGGGAGAUGAAACCUGCCUUUAUGGAGAUCGCACAGGUAUAUUUUUUAGCAAUAGUUGGACUUGUGCAGAUAUGGUCAGGGAAGCACCACAAUGGUGUGCAGAUCAUUCGAGUGCAUGCUGUGCUUCAUGUGCAUCUAUAAGAACAACGACAAUAACAACUCCUGCAACGACAACAACUUCUGUAAAGACAACAACUUCCCCUACUACGACAUCAACAGCUGCUUCUUCUACAACAACUAUAGCAACAACUACAACAGUACAGCCUAUAACAGAUGCUGAUCAGCUGUGUGUACAAAAACAUGGUACAGGGUCACAUUUGUGUAGGUACUUCUACAACCAAGAUUAUUCCUCCAUAUGUACAAAACUGUACUGUGCAAUACCAAAUAUAAACACCUGUUAUGAAAAUAGGAUUCAGGACUACAUUCUCUGUGGAAAUAAAAAGUGGUGUAUAUCUGGUGUAUGUACGUCAGAUUCAAACGCCCCUGCGGGAGAUGAGACCUGUCUUUAUGGAGAUCGCAAAGGUACAUAUUUUACCAAUGGUUGGACUUGUGCAGAUAUGGUCAGGGAAGCACCACAAUGGUGUGCAGAUCAUGCGAAUGCAUGUUGUGCCUCGUGUGCAUCUAUAAGAACAACGACAACAACUACUCCUACAACGACAACAACUCCUCCUGCGACAACAGUUCAGCCAAAAACAACCGAAGACACAUCGUUUUUUUACAGGUAUUAA